AUCGCGGCGCCCUCGCCCAAUAUCUUCAGCAACCCAUUCUCUCCUUCAAGCAGUCACUCGCUGACACCUGUACCGUCCAAGUUUGACAGCCGCAAGAUUUCCCCGACUACGCGCCCGCAAGAGAUCGUAGCUGACGACUCGCCAAUGUGGACUGCACCGGAGAGCUGGGCGGUGGACAAGGAAGGAGAGGAUGCAUCUGUGUCGGCGAUAGCAGAAGAGGAGUCGAGCUCUGAUGACAACGAGGCGAGCGGUGCGAGUCGGCCGAGGCCCGAGCGCAGGAGGACAGCAGCCGCAAGCGUGGGGGGCAAGUCUUCACAGUCAUCAGUCGUAUACCAGAUUCGAAUAUAUCGCGCGAACGGAACGUACCACGUCGUGAAGAUUGAUCUUUCAGUGACGGUGGAGCAACUUACAUUCACCCUCAAUAAGAAGCUGCUCCUAAAUCCAGAGCGGGAGCCGUACAGUCUAUAUCUGAAGGAACGGGGCCGAGAGCGUGUUCUAGCACCGACGGAACGGCCCGCCAACGUCGUGCGCCGCCGGUUGGAGCAAGCAGGGUAUGAACAGAAAGACGGGCUCGAUAUGCUCGGGGCGGGCGACCUGGCAUUCCUGAUGAGAUUAGUCUACAAGAGCAACGUGCUCGGACCAGCGUCAGACGAACUGCAUAUCGACACGUUUGAGAACAUCAAUUUGACAGGGCGUAGCCUGCGCACGGUACCGAUCCUGCUCUACCCACAUGCAGACGCGAUCGUUUCGCUGAACCUCUCGCGUAAUCCGAUGCUCGAAAUCCCACUCGACUUCAUCCAGGCGUGUACGUCGCUUCAUGAGCUCCGCUUGACCAAUAUGGCGAUGAAGAAGGUCCCUCAGAGCGUUCGGCAUUGUUCUACGCUCCGCCGGCUCGAUUUGUCUUGCAAUCGCAUCGCGGACCUCGAUGACGCGGGCUUGGACAGGAUCCCCGAGCUAUGGUCAUUGAAGGUGCAGAAUAACCGCAUGGAGAAACUCCCAUGGUGGUUUCCGCGACUAAGGGCGCUGAAGGAUCUGAACAUUUCGAACAACAAAUUUCGCGUGCUACCCUCGGUGAUCUCGGGUAUACCGAGCCUCGUCGAUCUCGACGUGUCGUUCAACAUGAUCGACAAACUGCCGGACAAUAUUGGCCAGCUCCGCGAGCUCGAACAGCUCAUCAUUAUCGGUAAUCAGGUUUCCGAGUUUCCUGCGAGCUGCAGCGAGCUGAUCAACCUGCGAAUGCUGGACUGUCGACGGAAUCACAUCUCGGAGAUCUCGAAAGUGAGCAUGCUGCCGAAGGUUGAGCAGAUCUUCGCGGACCAUAACGCUAUGCAUGCGCUGGACAUCUCGUUCGGACCAUCGGUGAAGCAACUCGAUGCGUCGCAUAAUGACAUUACCCAGCUUGCGCUGGCCCCAGGUCCGCUCGACCAGCCCUUUGCACUUACUUCUCUUGAUAUCUCGCAUGCGAAGCUGUCAGCUCUUGAUGAGCGCGCGCUGGCGCAACUGACCGCUCUGGAGGUGCUGCGUAUCGACCACAACUCGAUUCGCUAUAUACCUGACUCCUUGGGUUCGCUCAGUCAGCUCAUUCAUCUAUCUUGCUCGAACAACCAGCUUCGUGCUCUGCCGAAUACCAUCGGUCAGCUGCAGAAACUUGAAAUGCUCGAAGCGCAUAAUAACUCGCUAUCCGAGCUUCCGGGAACACUGUGGAACUGCGCAUCUCUGCAGCUGAUCAAUGUUACCUCUAAUUUGCUUGGGUCAUGGGGACUGCCACCAAUCCACGGCACCGUUACGCCCGCUGUCGUGGCGAACAGUGCAUCUAGCGAGAAGCUUGCUGUCGGUCCCGCAGGAAGUGGGAGCUUCUCGGAACGCAAGGCUUCGACCGGCGGCUCGGUCUCAGGGAGAACGCCACCGCCGCUCGUGUUCUCCUUGGAACGGCUCUACCUAGGCGAGAAUCGUCUUACUGACGACACCCUCCAUCCUCUCGCGUUGCUGCAGGAACUUCGUGUGCUCAACCUGUCAUUCAACGAUAUUCAGGAUAUUCCACCGUCGUUCUUCAGGAAUUUGGCACAGUUGAGAGAACUUUACCUCAGCGGAAACAGGCUGUCCACGAUUCCAACCGAAGAUUUGCAUCGCUUAACGAAGCUCGGCGUUCUGUUCCUUAAUGGCAAUAAGUUGCAGACGUUGCCUCAUGAGCUCGGGAAGCUGAUGAGUCUCACCGUUCUUGAUGUCGGUAGCAAUAUCCUCAAGUACAACAUCUUCAAUUGGGAGUAUGACUGGAAUUGGAACUUCAAUACGAGUCUACAGUACUUGAACCUGUCCGGUAACAAGCGCCUUGAAAUCCGUACCGACAUGGCUCCGGUCAAGGAGGACGAGAAGCGCAAGGUCUUGGCGGACUUCUCUGGCCUGACCCAGCUGCGCGUCCUCGGGUUGAUGGAUAUCACUGCUACGAACGGCGCCAGUAUACCGGAUGAGAACGAGGAUCGGCGAGUUCGCACCUCAUUAUCCGAGGUCAACGGUAUGGCUUAUGGCAUCGCGGACACCCUCGACCGUGCUACUGAGCAUCUCAACAUGCUUGACCUCGUUCAACCCCAAUUUCGCGGCAAGUCCGACGAGGCUGUGUUUGCGAUGUUUGGACGUGCAUCCCAUAUUGGCAACAACCAUUGGCUCAACAGCUAUCUUCAAUCACAUUUUGUGCAGGCCUAUCAGGAAGAGCUCGAGCGCCUCCGACCUGAUGGGAAUGAGGCCAUUCCCGAUGCACUGCGGCGCGCCUUUUUGAAGCUCAAUCGCCACCUGCAUGAUUACUUGUACUCCAACGCUUCGGCUCGCAAAAUGUCUCAUGUCAGCACGUCGACAUCGAAUGCAGUCAAACGCGAUAUGGCGAAUAUGCGUAGUGGUGCUUCUGGGGUUGUAUUGCAUCUCGUGAAGACAACACUAUAUGUCGCUAACGCCGGGCGAUCGUUGGCUGUGGUCUCCAGACAAGGCAACGCGAAGCCAUUGUCAAAGUUGCAUGAUCCUUUUGACCGGGAGGAGACAUCGAGAAUCAGAAACGCAGAAGGAUGGGUGUCGCCCAAGGGUUGUGUCAACGACGAAAUUGAUGUUGCGAGGUCGUUCGGCUUCUACAAUCUCUUGCCAGUGGUUAAUCCCAAGCCGUACGUACACACGUAUGAGCUCAACGAGCAGGACGAGUUCGUGAUCGUGGGUAACUCUGGGUUGUGGGACCAUGUCUCUUAUCAGACGGCAGUAGACAUUGCACGCACAGAGCGAGGGGAUCCGAUGAUCGCUGCCCAGAAGCUCCGAGACCUCGCUAUUAGUCAUCAUGGCCUUGCGGAUGGCCUUGCGGACGGCACGACCAUGAUUAUGGUAAUCUCGGUGGCCGAUCUGUUCAGAGGAGCGUCACGCUCUCGCCAGCCGACAAUGGAAUCCGUGAUGGACACCGAAACGAACCUGUUGUUAAAGCGUCGCAAACGGGACAAGCUCAUUACAAAUAUAGAUAUCUCUCGUCUUGAUGGAGAAGUGCCGGCACCGACGGGCCAUGUCACGUUGGUUUUCACAGACAUCCGCAAUUCCACUCACCUGUGGGAGGUCAAUGCUGGCAUGCCGACUGCGAUGGUUCUCCACAACAACCUAUUACGCCGCCAGCUUCGCUUCUGCGGAGGCUAUGAGGUGAAGACCGAAGGCGAUGCGUUCAUGUGCUCGUUUCCAAGCGCGCUCGCCGCGAUAUGGUGGUGUCUGAGUGUGCAAGUCCAGCUGCUGGAAGUUGAGUGGCCGCUCGAGAUUUUGGAGUGCGAAGAUGGUAAGGAGGUGUACGGCGCCGAUGGAAAAGUGCUCGUGCGCGGCCUUUCGGUUCGCAUGGGCCUCCAUUCGGGCUUACCUGUUUGCGAGCCCGAUCCCAUCACAAAUCGCAUGGACUACUUCGGGCCCAUGGUCAAUCGAGCAUCGCGAAUCAGUGGAUGCGCUGCGGGCGGCCAAAUCAUGUGCAGCGCUGAUAUCGUGCGAGAGAUCAAUGCGCUGGUUCUAAAGACGGAAGGUGAGACGGAACAAUCUAUCCUACAGCCUGCACAAGCCGUCGACGCCAUCAAGAGCCUUGGCAUCGUCGUGGUGCCAGUGGGAGAGGUGAAGCUGAAAGGUCUGGAGGUCCCAGAAAUGCUGUCGCUCGUGUACUCCGAGGAGCUCGCGGGCAGGCAAGGUCUCAAUCCUGGCCCCACAGAUCCCAGUCCUUCCACUUCGCGCGUGCAGUUCAGUGUGGAGCAGAUGCGAGAGCUCGCUCUCCUGUGUAUCCGACUGGAAGCAUUAUCAGCAGGACGGGUUUGCCGGCCCAACUCUACAGCCUCUCGCAGCCCUUCACAGCCUGUGGAUGAGCCCGCGGAUGUUGCGUUCUCGCAUUGCAAACCGCAGACCCUUCUUCCCGCCAUGGACAAAGCUUCUGACGCAGACCUCAUGUACCUGCUCGACUCGCUCGCCACUAGAAUUGAUAAUGCACUGACCAGAUUAUCUCUCAAUCGUCUUACUAUGGUAAAGGACCGGAAUGCCACGGUCGACUCGGACUGGCUGCAACAAUUGAUAUCCAUUAUCC